AAUCAAAACAAACAAAAUAUAAAUACUUCAUUAGAUAAACUACCGAGGAUUAUUUAAUAUAUUUAUACGUAUAAAUAACAUGGAGCUUACAGAAGAAAUGCUAAGAGAAGUUGAUAAGAAAAUAUUUCGGUUAAAACCUGUAAAAUCAAAUGGCUUAGUUCUUAAGGUACAUCACACCUUGAUCAAUGCAAAGCUUAGAUUUAUAUAUUGCUGCUCACACCAUACAAGCAAUAUUACAGCAUUAGCAGACAACCAAGGAAAUGUAUUUCUUAUUGACUACUCCAUUGGAAAAGUUUGGGGACUACCAAAGUUUUCUUCAUCAACACUUAUAGAAUUUUCACCACUAAACCAUGACCAACUGUUUAUUGGAAUAGAAGGAGGUGACAUACUGAUUUGUAACAGUAAUUCUGGAUAUAUAGUUGAAAAACUUCUGGGUCAUCACUACAGUGUUUUCAGAGUUUCUUUUUCAAAAGAAAAAUUAUUAUCUGCUUCGAAGUAUGAAGCUAUAACAUGGGAUUUGGAAAAUUUCUCUAAACUACAAGUUUUAACCUUAGAAGAGGAUUGCUUACUGAAAUGUACUAAAAAAAUACUGUUUUUAGGUCAAGGUAUUAUUUACUUUCUAAAUAUCGAAGAAGACAAAAUUGUAAGCCAAUUACAAUGUGAUACAGAAAUAAACAGAUUUGUAUGUACCACUAAAGGAACUCAUGCGAUCUGCUUGUUAUCUUCAGGAGAAGUAGAAAUUUUUAAUAUACAACAAUAUCUAUCGCCCCCUGUGGAAAUAAGAGUCCAAAAAGUUCGUAAAAAAUUUCUAAUUAAUCGGAAACGAAGUCUCGCCGAAGUUCAGUUUGUUAAACAAGAAAUCGAUAGUAUCCUGGACAUAAAAAAACUAAAGUUGAUAUUAAAGGAAUAUGGCGAAUAUCCGGACAAUUGCAGAACAAAAAUAUGGGAAAGGUUACUGGAUCUUCCAAAUAAUAUAGGCAGCUACAACAAUGUCAUAAACCAUGUGACUGUUGUAGCUUUCGUAGAUUUACAUAAAAAAUAUCCUUUAGAGGACAAAUUAUUUUUAACAAGUUUAAAAAAGUUACUAAAUAAUUUGGUAACUUGGUGUCGAUUCUUUGCUAAUGUCGAAUAUCUACCGGUAUUCGUCUUUCCAUUUGUUAAAGUGUUCCAUAACAAACCAUUGGCAUGUUUUGAAGUUGUGUGUACUAUCAUAGUGAACUGGUGUCAACAUUGGUUUGAAUAUUUUCCUUUAGCUCCGAUAAAUAUUUUGGCAAUAGCAGAAAAUGUAUUGCUUGAGCACGAUCCAGAACUACUUCAUCACCUUGUUACCUUAAAAGUAAACUCAACGGUCUACAUUUGGUCUUUACUGGAAACAAUUUUUUCUGAAGUUCUUAUAUCUACCGAAUGGCUUAUGCUUUGGGAUCAUAUUUUGACCAAUGAGAUAUCGUUUUUAUUAUGCGCCUCGGUGGCAUAUAAUAUGGUCCAGCGACAUGUUCUUCUCAGCUUGAAAACUGCAGGUGAUCUUACAUCUUUUUAUAAAAAUCAAAAUCCUGUCGACGUAAAGCGAUUAAUUAAAAUAACUUACUGUUUGUUGAAAAAUACUAGUGAGAAAUUUCAUCCUAGACAGUAUUUUACACAAUUUGUUAGUAUUAAUAAACGAGAAUACCCACAGUUUACUCAAUAUCCGACUCAGAUAGUAGGAUUUGAAAAUAAUGAAUUGAAAAAAGUAGAUGGUAGGUUUAAAAAUUUACUUACGGAGUUAAAAAAUCUUGCGAGUGAAGAUAAGAAUAAUAUCGAGGAUGUUUUAACAGACGAACAACAAUUAGAGGAAAAAAGAAGAUUAAAAGAAUUAGAAAAGAGUUAUUCUAUGCAGAUAAAAGUUAAACAACAAAUAAUUAACAAGGAACUAAAUAAAUUACAGCAAAUGAAAGAUACUCUUGUACAAAAACAUAUUAAUCAGCCUGCUACAAUGUUUACUAACAGUCGGCACUAUCCUUUUUUAAAAGAUGAAUAUAAAAAUUUGCAGAUGAAUACAAAGUUCGAAAUCACUGAAGAUCAACAAAGGAAACUACAAAUGGCUAUUCAGUUUGAACUUGUUAACAAGUUUAUAAAGAAAAUCGAAAAUGAGUUAAAGUCCGAAGACCCAAAAUCGACUGUGAAACUUAAGGAAGUUACGGCAAUGCUUCCUAGAUGUCUUCUUUAAAAGUUCACUCAUAGUAUUCUACCAGUAAUUUUCUCAUCAUGGAUGUGAUAUCUUCAGCCUAAUUUGCUAUUACCACCUGGUCAUCUACGAA